AUGACUCACCCCGAAGCCCAAUCACCUGUAAUUCAAGUCAGCAAUAACGCAGACACCUCACUGCCAACAAUUAAUAAUCGAAUGUCCACAGCUCAAACCACUACUUCACAAUCUGAAAACAUAAAUUCAAGUUCUGGUGGCGAUUCAACAACGUCCUCCUUACCUUCAAAUAUCUCUCAAAAUGAUACUUAUUUAGUCGAGACAAAUGAUAACCCUGAGCUAGGGAAUAAGAUCAGCUUGACUUUACUUUUGGUUUCAGGAAAGCGUCACACUUUCUUCUUUGACCCUAGUUGUACUGUUGCCAUGGUAAAAAAACAGAUCUUUAAUGAGUGGCCUGAAGAAUGGGCUGAAGAAUCCGUUCAAUCCGUUUCAUGUCUGAAGAUUGUCUAUCUCGGUCGAGUUUUGGAUGAUGGAACUACUCUUGAAG